GGAUAAUAAUUAUUGCAAAUUGUACUAUUCUUUUCCUGUAUAAUAAAACGCUUAAAUAGCCAAACCGUUUGAUAUUAUUUUAAUAAAUCACAAUGAUCUCGUUUGUGAUUCUUCUCUUAAUAUGUGUCAAGUGCGGUGUCUCUUUGUCUCCGGCUGAGGUACCAGCUGCAAAUCCCGUUAACGUAAAAUUUACCGUAGAUUUUACGGCAGAGGGUGGGGCCAACUCCUGGAAAAAUGAUGUGGCAAAAUUUCUUUAUCCGGAAAAUGAGGCAUUUGUUCUAGGUACCCCAAAAUACAACGAAAAGGUUUCUACGAUGUCUUCAUCUGUAGUCGAUAAAUUAAAUAGUUUACAGGAAUAUGAAAACACUUUAAAAAAUGUGUCCGAUAAGUUAAAUAGCUUACAGGAAUAUGAAAACUCUUUAAAAAAUGUGUCCGAUAAGUUAAAUAGUUUACAGGAAUAUGAAAACACUUUAAAAAAUGUGUCCGAUAAGUUAAAUAAUUUACAGGAAUAUGAAAACUCUUUUAAAAAUGUGUCCGAUAAGUUAAAUAGUUUACAGGAAUAUGAAAACACUUUAAAAAAUACGUUAGUAAACAGUUUAAAGGACUACGAGAACACUUUAAAAAAUGUGUCUGAUAAGUUAAAUAGUUUACAGGAAUAUGAAAACACUUUAAAAAAUACGUUAGUAAACAGUUUAAAGGAAUACGAAAACACUUUAAAAAAUACGUUAGUAAACAGUUUACAGGAAUACGAAAACACUUUAAAACCAGUCUUCGAUAAAUUAAAUAGUUUACAGGAACAUGAAAACACUUUAAAAAAUUUAUUGAAUCAAUGCAAAUAUCUGGUUGGUAAAAGUCAAAUACCAUUAUGUCGGUUAAAUCCAGUACAAAUAUUUUCCGAAGCUGAACACGCUUACCCAACUAGUUGCAAAGAAAUUUUGAAAAGCGGCAAAAAUAAGUCAGAUGUGUAUAUAAUCAAACCUAAAACAAGUACCAAGCCGUUUGCUGUUUUGUGCGAUAUGGAAACUAAAGGAGGUGGCUGGACUCAUAUUCAGAAGAGAUUUGAUGGAUCUCAAGAUUUCUACCUACCUUGGAGAGACUAUAAAUUCGGUUUUGGUGAUCUUAGGGGUGAAUUUUGGAUUGGAUUGGAAAAUAUUCACCACAUGACAGCUUUUGAAACAAGCGAACUCCUCGUAGAAUUAACUGAUACAGACAAAAAUAACUAUUAUGCCCAAUAUACAUCGUUCUCAAUAGGCAACGAAAAAGAUGGCUACGUAUUAGAUAAUAUUGGACAGUAUUCAGGUAACGCGGGGGAUUCUCUACUACAAUAUCAUCUCAAUUCAAAAUUUUCAACUCUGGAUGUGGAUCUGGAUGGAAAUGAUAAAAAGUGUGCUCAACUGUCGGAGGGAGCUUGGUGGUACAAAGCCACCGACGAUUGUCAUUGGAGCAAUCUAAAUGGAAAAUUUAUGACUCUAGAGCUUCCUGACGCAUAUUUAGAUCAUGGACUAAACUGGGAUUCCAAAUCGCGUGCUAAUUUCGCAGGGUCAAGGAUGAAAAUCCGACCAGUCGGAGAAUAAAAAAAAAUCCGGAAAAAGCAAUAAAUUAAAUUUUUGGUAAAAUUGUAUUAUAUUACUAGAUGACCCGGUGAACUUCGUUGCACCUUAGAUAGUGUGUCAUAAUUAGAUAAUGUGUCAUAAUUUUGAUUCUAGAUCAGUUGCUUGAACGCAAUUGCUAGAGAUCAACUUUUCGAAAUCAACUGCUCGAAAAUGAAUUGAUCGACAUUAAAAUUGAUCAAAAUACGAAUUGCUCUAAUAAAAAAAAUUAUAUGUCCAAAUAUUUAUUCACAAUAGUGCUAAAUCUGUAGGUAUAUAAGAAAUGUACAUUAAGGGCCGGUACUUAAUGUCCCGGUUAAACCUCGGUUAGCUCACCGGGGUUUAAUCGGGACAGAAAUAUAUGCAUAACAUAGACAUAAACGCAAUUAUACUUAUUAUUAUCAUCAUGAGUAAUUAUAUAAUAAAUUAUAAUAGCAUUUAUUACAACGCAAGAGACCCUAAGAGGUAAUUUUCUGUCUUUUUUAAUCGGGACAUAAAGUACCGACCCUUGAUAUGACAAAUGAUUUACUCACGGACAAAAAUAUUGCAUAUGCAUGUGAAAUGAAAUUUAUGGUGUUGCAGUAUCACAGGAAUAGGAUUUCUUUUCCGAAUUUGAUUUUUUUACGUGCCAUAUAAAUGCUAUAAUCGGAUUUAAAUCUGUUCUGGGCUAUAUAAUGGUCAUUAUAACUGCGCCAACUGUGGCGCAGUUGCCACAAUUCUCUCAAUGUAUGUAUAUUCCCUAUGUCCAGUUGAACGAUUUACGUGCUGUAUAAUCACAGAUAUUAAUUUGUGGUUCAUAAUUAUUAUUUAUUAAACGCAAUAAUCUAUCAAUAUUAUCUCUAUAUCGUCUAUGACCAUUUUUAGGUUGUUUGCCACCUAUGUACUGUUCAAUUUUUAGUUAAUUUAAACUUUGUUCUUGUUUUAGAGCGGAAAUAAAUUUCUGCCGUUAAUUUUCUUAUUCAUUCCAAAGUUUAAA